AUGGGGCGCUAUGCCGUACUAGUGACCGGACCUGCGGGCGCGGGAAAAUCGACAUUUUGUGCCUCGUUGAUGGCCCACGCUCACAGUCUGGGUCGCAAUAUGCACUUGUUCAAUCUGGACCCGGCCGCCGAACGAUUUGAAUAUGAACCCACGAUUGACAUUCGUGAGCUCAUUUCACUCGAGGAUGUGAUGGAAGAAAUGGAUUUGGGGCCCAAUGGUGGUCUCAUAUACUGCUUCGAUUAUCUGCUAAAUAAUCUCGAUUGGCUUGAGACGGAAUUGGGCGAGUAUGACAACGACUACUUGGUCAUUGACUGUCCCGGCCAAAUAGAGCUAUACACACACUUCCCUGUCAUUUCGCGUUUUGUCGAAUUGAUGCAGCAGCAGUUCCAUUUUCGCGUGUGUGCUACUUAUUUAUUGGACUCGCAUUUCAUCGACGACAAGGCCAAGUACUUUGCGGGUGUGCUAAGCGCUAUGAGUGCCAUGAUCAAUCUCGAUAUAUCUCACCUCAAUAUUAUGACAAAAAUGGAUCUGGUCGCACAACAUGAAAAAAAUGGCCUCUCUUACGCACAAAGGCGAGAAAUAGAGAGGUACAUGGAGCCAGAUCCGUUGCUGUUUGCGGAUCAGGAUGAAAGUCUCAACAAUGCGCGAUUCCACGCACUCAACCAGGCGGUGGUGCAACUGAUUGAAGAUUACAGUAUGGUAUCAUUCCUCCCACUAGAUCUAUCGAGCGAGGAGAGUAUCAACCUCAUUUUUUCUUGCAUCGACAAUGUCAUGCAGUUUGGCGAAGAUGAAGAACCUGUGGAGCCGAAAGACUUGGAAAACGAAGAUGCAAACGAAUAA